AUGUCAGUCUUCUUCAAAGACAUCUCCGCAGGCAACCCCGUGAAGAAGGGCGAUGCGGAGGCAUACCUCAAGAAGAUCGGAGUAAGCAUUGAUCCCAAGGACUCGGAUGACUACAACCUCCUGCUCGCUGCCGUCCACGACUGCGCCGAGCACAUAUCCGGCUUGCCCGACUACCAACCACCUGUCCAUCUCGGCAAAUACCCGCGGCAAAACGUCCACCUCCCGUCGGACGCAGAACAGGUUCUCGGCCAUGCCUGGGCACACAAGUUCCUGAUCAGCGGCAACCCCGAUGGGGGCAUCUUGGAGGGCAAGACGUGCUGUAUCAAGGACUGCAUCGCCGUGGCUGGGGUCCCUCAGUUCUACGGCUCCGAUGCCUUCCCGGCUUGGACGCCCGUGACUGACGCUACCGUGGUAACACGGCUUCUGGACGCAGGGGCCGACAUCCAUGGCACUGCCACCUGCGAAAGUUUCUGCAACUCCACAGCGUCCUUCACCAGUGCGCAGGGUACCGUUGAGAAUCCUCACCAAGAAGGCUACUCGGCCGGUGGGAGUACCUCGGGUGGUGCAGCCUUGGUUGCCUCGGGCAUCACGGAUAUCGCCAUCGGGUCGGACCAGGGGGGGAGCAUAAGGGUACCGUCGGCCCUCUGCGGAUGUGUCGGACUUAAACCAACUCAUGGGCUGAUCCCAUACACGGGUAUCACAAGCGGUGAUGCCAUCGACGACCACGCCGGGCCGCUCACAAGGACCGUUAUUGAUGCAGCCGCUUGUCUGGAUGCCAUUGCGGGGGAUGACGGAAUCGACGACCGGUCACAAGGGGUGGGAGCUCCCGGAUCAUUUAGGUUUGCCCAAUCUUUGAGAUCAGGUCAGAGUGCCAGGUUGGAUGGUGUCAGGAUCGGACUGCUGGUCCAGGGCUUCGAGCAGGGUGUCGUCCAACAGGGGGUGAAGGACCUUGUGCGGGACGCCGCAAAGAAGUUCGAGCAGCUUGGAGCGACUGUUGUCGAAGUGUCGGUGCCCUUACAUCUAGAAGGGCCAGCUGUCUGGACCAUCCAACAGCGAGUCUCCGGCACCUUGGGAAUCCUCGGCCAAUCGCACGGGAGACGGGGGUUGUACCUGACAGAAUUCGAGAAGGCGCGUUUGCCUUGGACGAGUGAGAAUUUCCAGAAGCUGUUCCCUUCAACCAAGAACACGAUAAUCAACGGGCUCUACCUCAUGGAUAAGUUCCCGGGACUCUACGGAAAGACGGUCAAUAUCAUCCGACAAAUCCGGGACGCGUACGAGACAGUUUUCAACGACGAGGUUGAUGUACUGAUUAUGCCUACGACUCCGUUUGUCGCCCCCCGGCACGGCAGCCCGGACUCCCCCUGUAAGUCUUUCGAGCCCAGCAUAGGCUUGACGACAAACACGGCCGUCUUCAACACCACCGGGCAUCCGGCAAUGACACUCCCUGUUGGAUUUGCCCCCGCGAAAGAGGAUUCAGCAGUCCACCUGCCCGUUGGUAUGCAGAUCGUCGCUGGGCUAUGGCAGGAAAAGAAGAUUCUAAGAGUUGGUCAUGCCUGGGAAGCGAAUUUCGACUGGAAAUCAAAUGGGCAAGCCAAGCGUCGUAGAACCGAUGGCAGCGCCAGCCGCCGCUCCUGUCCUCAUUGUCUGCGCGUUUUCAAGCGGACGGAGCACCUGGAACGUCACGUGCGAACUCACACCAAGGAGAAGCCUUUCAUAUGCCAGUGUGGGGCUGCCUUCACACGAAGAGACCUGUUGACCCGGCAUCAACGCAUCUCCAAUCAUGCGGCGGAAGCGGCGCCCAAGUCGCCGGGGAUUCCAUCAUCACACCCGAGCGAGGACACGACGGUAGACCCGGACCUUGCCGCCGCCGCUGCCGCCGCAUCGUUAUCUGGGAUGAGCGAAGGCCAAUGGGUCCAACCGGCAUCGCAAUCGAGUGCUAUCUACUCAGGAGGCAAUCAACGAGUGGAUGGCUUUCAGGAUUUCGCCCCUCCGCCGUAUCCGCAGCAGUCCGUCCUAUCCCCAGCCUUGUUGGAGAAUGAACCGGACACAUGGUUCGACCACUUCAAGGAGUUUGCCAACUUCCUCGACGGAGUAGGCCUGCCUGCCCAGUGGAGCCCCUUUUUCAAUGGGCCUGAUCGAGAAGACCAUGGGUUAGACCCUGUGUUGAGAGACUCGAGGGCUGGGGCUGUGACGCCCACUGAUCAACCCGGGAUGCGACUGGGGACGCCUUUCAGCUCAUGGCUCCCUUCAGCCCCUGUCGGAAACAACAUUGCCGAAAACCUAGCAGAGGACCUAUUGAUACAAGGGCCCCGCGAGAUCGGGAUAGAAUGUCCACCAUUCCAUGUUACCGGCGAGGAACACGCCCGGCUGUAUUUCACUUUGGAGACCUUUCGAGACGUCAUUGAUGGAAGGUUCAGGAUGCCCUCGCGGCAUGCCCUGACACGAUACAUAACUUCAUUCUUCGAGGGGUUUCACCAGCACAUGCCGUUUAUCCAUCACACAUGGCGGGCCGUUGAUACACCUCUUGAACUUGUCUUGGCAAUCUGUGCCAUCGGGGCGCAGUAUUGUUUUGAGAAAAGGAACUCGGAGCGCCUCUUUUCCGCCGGUAAAGCCAUUCUGAUCGAGCGGCUGCUCCAUGAUAAAGACAAGUUUGGUUUCAAGACGGAUACUUUUCUCGGCCUGCAUGCUAAAGAGUCUUCAUCCCGAGACUCACGCCAGAAAUAUGCAUCAUCUACAAGGAGCUGGGGCGCAUGGGAACCGAUUGACACGGUCCGAACUCUGAUAUUGCUAAUGGGAUAUGCCACCUGGGAGCCCGAGAAAUCCCUCCUCCAGGAAGCACUUGGUCUGCAGAGCCUGCUUGUGCAAGUUCUCCGAGAUGUCAAUCUCGAAGAAGAUCAAGAAAUCGACGAAGUACCAGAGUCCGGUCCGUUGCAGGCAACAUGGGCAUCCUGGAUUUGCCACGAGUCAACCAGACGGGCCAAGUUGACUGCUUUCACGUUUCUGCACACUCACAGCAUCGCAUACAAUGUUUACCCCGUGCUUCGAAGCAACGAGAUACACCUGCGGCUGCCCUGCUCCACAAAGGAGUGGAAUGCCCCUUCGGCAUCACAGUGGCAGCUUGCAAGGGGCGAGAUCAGGAGUCAGCAACUCAACUUCCAGGACGCCUUGUCCCUGCUGCUGAGGAAUUUAGACGGCACUGCUCCUCUUGAUCCUAUACCAACCCCCUUUGGAAACUACAUCCUCUUGCAUGGGCUGUUGCAGAGAAUCUACAUUGUCCGGGACUUGUCUCUGCCCAUCAUGGACCAGAGAGCCUCGCUCCCGGCGGAGGAGGUAGACAAGCUCGAACGUGCGCUCCGUUCCUGGACAUCAGGCUGGCAACAAGCCCCUGAAUCCAGCCUUGACCCCAACAAUGAAAAUGGGCCGAUCCCUUUCACGUCUAGCGCCCUUCUCGGACUCGCCUACGUUCGAAUUUACAUUAAUCUCGGUCCGUAUCGACAAUUGGAGACGCGAGACCCCGUACGGAUCGCAAAAGCGCUGAGUCGAUCGCCCCGGGUGGAGAGGAGCGACGGUGUCAUCUCCGCCCUGCUCUAUGCCACCCAUGCGCUCAGCAUUCCUGUGCGACUGGGCGUCGACCGCGUUGCUCGAAGCCAGGCGUUCUUCUGGAGCGUCCGACACUCGCUCUCGGGACUCGAGUGUGCCGUCUUGCUGAGCAAAUGGCUACAAUCACUUGCAGCCUCGGUGGAUUCGUCGCCGUUGACCGACAGCGAAGACCGCAUCUUGCAUUGGGUGCGCUGUAUCGUCGAAGAAGCUUGUGCGGUCGUCGACCUCGACGACGACGAGGCUGAGUUUCACGCUGAUCCUGCUAGUCUGGGCAUGGCUGUACUGCAGAUCUGGGCGCAUUUCUUCAAGAGUAACGCGCAGUGGCCGUUUAUAAACAUUAUGGGAGAGAGUCUCGCUUUAUAUCGGGAGUCGCUCUUUUAG